AUGUCCGUUCCAAACGCCACCCAGUACUGCUGCGGCGGCCUUGUGGAUAACGACGGGUCAUUUGCCUGCGCAGAUGGCUCACCUUCGUUUACCAUACCUCCUGGAAGAGCCGUCGUCGGUCGAGCAGGCCUGAGCAACGCCACCUAUACCAGUGACAUCCCUUUUUCAAGGAACUCCUCUUCCACGAAUUCCUCUUCCGGGCUGAGCCCAAGCACACCUCCCGAUGUGGGCGCCGCUUCUGCAAGCUGUCCCAAUCCCGAUAGCAAAGAAACGACAGUGAGCGCAGCCGUCGGGGCUACUCUCGGCGCACUCUUGCUGGCUGCCAUCGGGUGGGCACUGUAUGAGCGCCGAUUGCGCAACAAGAGCAUCAACACAUAUAACACGAGCAUGUCAAUGCAGCCGAUUACUGAAUCUGUCAUUAAAAGACACCAGCAGUUUGGGCCUGUCGAGCUAGAACACGGCCCUGCCGAGUUGCAGGCCUCCGCUCAUAACAACACUUCGGAAAUGGCGGUGGAGUCAAGUCAUGGGAGCCACAGCUAUUACAGUCAAACUGCUGUCUCUUAG